AUGUCUACAGCCAAGAGUAAGAUCCUGUCGCUAUGGCACAAUAAGCGCGCCCAGGUUGUCCUCUUCUCGUCGACGGCCAUUGCGCUGUACGGGUACGACCAGGGCAUGAUGUCACUCAUCAACACCAACUUCAACUACCUCGAUACCAUGGGCAUCUCCGCCGACAGUCCCCUCGUCGGCUGGAUCGUGUCCAUCUACUAUCUGGGCUGCGCCGUCGGCGCCGUGCUCUUUUCCAAGAUUGCCGACCGCUGGGGCCGCAAAAAGUCCAUCUUUGGGUGUCUGGCCACGGCGAGUCUGGGCAAUCUCAUCAUGUUCCUCGCCAGUCUUCAGGGCAUGCAGGGCGCCCUCUACGUCAUGUUUGUUGGCCGUGUCAUCAUGGGUCUCGGGGUGGGCGGCGUAGACGCCGUGAUCCCCAUUUACUCCAGUGAGCUCGCCCGAGACGAGGCGCGCGGCAAGGCGCUCGCGCAAGAGUUUCAGAUGAACAUUUUCGGGCUCAACAUGGCCUUUGCCAUCAACCUCGGCGUGACGCGCGGUCUGGGCAAGCACAACGAGUGGGCGUGGCGCAUACCCAUUAUCGUCAUGCAAGUAUAUCCCAUUGCGCUCAUGGCCUGCGUCGAGAGCCUCCCCGAAUCGCCUCGCUGGUUCAUUUACCACGGCCGUGACGAUGAUGCGAGGAAAGCACUGGAGAUGAUAUACGGAGGAAAGUACGGGGAUGGCGAGGAAGGGGAGGGAGAUCGGCAGUUCGAGGAUCUAAAGAAGCGCCACGACGAGGAGGUGGGCGAGUCUGUCAGUUAUUGGGACAUGUUCACACCGAGCCACGACCAGUUUCACCCUACUUUUAUUACCAUCAUGGUUCAGAUCUGUCAAGCUCUGACAGGUUACGGUGCUGUCAGUGUCUAUGGACCCCAAAUUUUCUCUCUGCUCGGUUUUGACACGGCUACCUCUGAAAACCUGACCAUGGCGAAUUACUUGUCGUACUUUGUUCUUAUGACCUUUGCAUGGGUCUUGAUUGAUGCCAUGGGCCGUCGAGUCCUUCUACUUUGGGGAAGUGUGGUCUUGACGUUAUGUUUCUUGAUGCUUGCACUCUUUGGAGGUUUGGCCAUGAACGCAGACCAUCUCCAUGUUGAUCAGACGCUCAUUGCCAUUCCUGGCAUUGUUUCUCUAUUUGUAGCCACGGGAGCCUUUGGCAUUGGAUGGUUGGCCACUGUCUGGCUGGUACCGACCGAAAUCUUCCCUACAACUGCUCGCGCGCAAGCCGCAGCUGUCAGUGUCAUUAUCUGGGGCUUGGCAAACUUUGCGAUUACGUUCCUUACGCCCAUCAUGUUUAACAACUUGGCAUACUACAUUUACCUCGUCUUUGCGGGUACGAAUGCCCUUGCUGGAAUCUGGACCUAUUACUACCUGCCCGAGAGCGGCAACCGAAGUUUUGAAGAAAACGUACAAUUCUUUACCGAGGCAAGAAAGGUCGGCAGCUGGUCUGUCGCCAAGAUCAAGGAGGGCGAAUGGAAGAGCAUGCCGUACGGUGACGUUCUCCUAGACGGAAGCGAGGAGGCAAGAGAGCGCGCGCCUCUCUUGCAAAGAGUUGGUGACCAAUUACAAUAG